GCUCCGUAUCGUUUCUCGCCCGCCGUCCCAGUUCCUUCGAAUCGAAAUUCAAGUGUGCUAGGCACGAGCUCGAGGCGCUGGAAGAUUCUCGGAAGGUUCCAUAACGAUCCUUAUCCUCUCAAUUCGAAUUCGUACAGAAUUCCAGCUCACACGAAGAAUUUCAAAUUACUCACAUCGAUUCUAGGCUAUGAUUUUCAGAUUUCUCAACCCCUUUAAAUAGCCACUGUUCAAGGAGACGUUUUGAGACCUGAUAGUAGCUUGGGAAUUCUCGGCUCAAUAGUUUAAAAUUUUGUGGCCGUUCGAGUUGGAAUCGUCUCCGUGGAACUCGCUGCCCAGAACCAGGAUGGCGGUUGUGGAACCUUCCUCCUCAUUGGAGAUUUUAGUAAGAGGACCAGAAGGUUUUUUUAUUUGGAAUGGACCUCCUUUCCCGAGCGGUGAACCUGGUGUCAAGCUGGAUAGGGUUCCUUGUACCAGUGCAAAGUUCAGUGAUGAUGGGUCCAAACUUAUGGUUACGAAAUCAGACUCUGUAAUUAGCAUCUUUGAUUGCAAAACCUUGACAGAGAUUAGGUCCUUUGAUGUCCCAAAUGUUCUUGCAGCUGUCAUCUCUCCUUGCGGGACUUAUCUUCAAACCUUCCAAAAAUGUUCAUCUCCUCAGCAUAAGAAUGUAGUCUUGUGGAAGAUAGAAAAUGGUGAAUCUGCUUACCAACUCUUCCAGAAAAAUAUGACUAAAGUUACAUGGCCUUCAGUACAUUUCAGCUCUGACGAAACUGUUGCAUGUCGAUUGGCAACAAAUGAGAUCCAAUUUUUUGAUCCUAGGGAUUUCUCUAAGGGCUUCGUUAAUCGGCUUCGAGUUCCUGGGGUUGCUGCAUUGGAGCUUUCUAAAGCCCCUGGAUCAUAUGUGGCUGCAUUUGUUCCAGAAUCUAAGGGAAUGCCAGCCAGUGUUCAGAUAUAUGCUUGUGGAAAGGACUUACAAAGUCAACCUGUUGCUCGACGUAGCUUCUUCAGGUGCUCAACUGUGCAACUGAGCUGGAACUCUGGUUCUACAGGGCUCCUAGUGGUGGUCCAAUCAGAUGUUGAUAAAACAAACCAGAGUUACUAUGGAGAAUCAAAGUUGAACUACUUGACUACUGAUGGGGCCCAUGAAGGGCUUGUGCCUCUUCGUAAAGAAGGCCCUAUUCAUGAUGUUCAAUGGUCCUAUUCGGGUAAAGAAUUUGCAGUUGUUUAUGGAUUUAUGCCUGCUAUGGCCACGGUUUUUGACAAGAAGUGCAAUCCUCUACUUGAGCUUGGAACAGGCCCAUACAACACUAUCAGAUGGAAUCCAUUGGGAAACUUUAUAUGCUUGGCAGGCUUUGGUAACUUACCAGGAGACAUGGCAUUCUGGGACUACAGGGAAAAGAAGCAACUUGGAACUACAAGGGCUGAAUUGUCAGUGACAAGUGAAUGGUCUCCUGAUGGUCGAUACUUUAUGACUGCCACAACAGCUCCACGCCUUCAAGUUGAUAAUGGGGUUAAAGUCUUUCACCACAAUGGAUCAUUGUACUUCAAGAAGAUGUUUGAUAGAUUGUAUCAGGUUGAUUGGAAGCCAGAAUCAGUUGAAAAAUUUGGUGACAUUGAAGACCUUGUGAAGGCAGUUGGCUCGGUGAAAAUAGAUGAAGCUAAAGUGCCAGGGAAAGGAUCAAAAGCUACCCAGGCCGUUCCAAAACCUACACAGGUUGUUUCAAAAGCUGCUCAGGCCGUUCCAAAAGCUACACCUGCCAAUCCUCCUGCAGCAAAACCUGCUGCUUAUCGUCCACCUCAUGCCAAGGCCGCUGCUGUAGUUCAAGCAGAGUUAUUUGGAGGAAGUCCUUCAGGGGAGCUUAGCAAGAAUGCAUUGAAAAACAAGAAAAAACGGGAGAAGAAAAAGCAAGCUGAGGCUGCAUCUGCAGCCGGAGGUUCAUGAUCAGAGGCAACUCUACCGAAUAUGCUGUCUUGACAUGCACUAAGGGGACUAAAGCAAGAGGAGGUUUUCAUGGACCAUCAUAUGUCCUGGAGAAAUUUGAUUUGGUUUAAAAUUAUCGAAAAUAUGACGUAGUACAUUACAUAAAGCAAAUUUUUGAUUCAUAUAUUCUUUUUAAAAUAUAGUUUUCUGCCCCUGUACUAGAGCUGAAACAAAAUUUACCUUUUGAGUCUAACCCUGGUGCUGGAUCAAUGGAUCUGUUUGAGCUGCUC